AUGACACAGCGCCAGCACAGUCUUGAAAUUCCGGGGAAGCUCAUUCAUCCCCUCGGUCCAUCUGUCGUCGCACUUGCACGACAACCUACAUGGUCACUCACGCACUCCCAGCUUGAUACCAUCCUGACGUUCGCUUGGGAAUCACUAUCGCCUGAUACAGAGGACAUCAUUAGCAAUCUCGAACAAGUCCCGCCACUCACCGCAGCGAAAUUGCCUUACAAGGACAAGCUAGGUAAGGUCGCGGCCUUUCAGUUCGAAAAACAAGCUGGUACAGCUUCGGUUGCCUGCUUCAUCUGCGGUAUUCGCCACCUCGUUAAGAACAUGCGCAAUCACGUCGGGCACCAUAUACUCUACGCAAUGCGAGGCAUUGAUGAGGAUGCAUGCAAUAUAGACAAUCUCGGCAUCGAGCCGUGUGGAUUCUGUGGAAGAGACGGAUGUGUCGUGCAACUCACCAAGAAGAAUAACUCCGCUUCGAUCACAAGCAGCUGCCCAUAUCAUUACACCUCGAUGAGCUACAAUUCGGCCAAAUCCGUCAGCAAGGCAACACCGUGUACGAAUGUUCCGAUCCACUGUCCACUCUGCCCGACAGGACGGACCGGUCAACCACGCACCAUCUGGAAGUACAAUGUACUGUUCCACCUAGCAAAGGAGCACAUGGAUGUCGACGGAGAACGUAUGCCGCCCAUCCCGUUGCAGCUCGCGGUCGAUAUGCACAUCUCUUUGGAGGAGGAGACCUUGAUGAAAGUCGACCGCGAUGUUACUGAAGGUUGGCGCAUCAAACACGAGAUACCUGGGAGCGAUGAUAUAGAACAAUACAGCAAGGAAAUCGAGGGCAGCCAGGACAAGAAGGGGAAAAAGCGUAUGAGAUCUCAGUCGAAUGUUGUAGUUGAGCGAGGAACGAAGUCGACUCGACGCCGUUAG